AAGCCCCCAACACCUCACAAGCCGGCAAUUAGUGCCACUUCUUUGCUUAGUUAAUCGGAAACCAACAAACAAACCCUUGGUCAAAUAUCCCAAGCUCUCUCUUCUUCUACCUCCGUUCCUCUCUCUUUCUCUCUCUCUCUCUCUUCCGUGAAUCUAUCCUGUAAGCGCCCUGCGUUACCUGGCCGCCGAGCGCCGCCGCCUCAACCCAUCCCCGACCGCCCCCCGCCCCCGGCCGGCUCGAGCGCGUGGCGUCGCGGUUCUUCGUCGUUCGGGGCAUCGCGUUCCUGGCCUGCCGUCUCCACCCAUUCCGCUGAGGGCCAUUUGGGGUCUCGAGGAAGGUGGCCGUUACCUGAAAUCGCAUCAGGCUUUGGCUGGUGUAGCGGUAAGUUGCUUCAGAUAGAAAAAUAACCAGAGAUCAUAGAUGAUCUGGAGAUGGCGAGGAGCUGAGAGUGCCUAGAGAGCGUGACAAGUGGGAGGAAGGGGCCAGCAGCAAGGACAUGACUGUCAUGCCGCCUCAGCGCAAUCGGCCCGCUGCCAAGAAGCCCAUGUGGAUAAUCGUGCUCUUGUGCAUGGUUUGUGUUAUGUUGAUUGGGGCUUAUGUGUACCCGCCGCGCAAGUACUCGCAGUGCUACCUCUCUGCAUCUAGUGUCUGUACAUCUUUCAAGGAUUGGCUCCCUUCCAUAGGCCGUCGGGAGAAGACUGAUGAGGAGAUUAUUUCAGCGGCAGUUAUGAAGGAUAUUCUUGCAAUGCCAAUGUCUGCGUCGAAGAGUCCGAAGAUCGCUCUUAUGUUCUUGACACCUGGUUCAUUGCCCUUUGAGAAAUUGUGGGAGAAGUUUUUGCAGGGUCACGAGGGGCGAUACUCCAUCUAUGUGCACGCGUCGCGUCAGAAGCCUGUGCAUUCUAGUUCUUUGUUUGUUGGCCGAGAUAUUCACAGUGACGCGGUAGUAUGGGGAAAGAUUUCUAUGAUUGAUGCAGAGAAGAGACUAUUAGCCAAUGCUCUGGAAGAUGCUGAUAACCAAUUUUUUGUCUUGCUUUCUGAUAGCUGUGUUCCGCUGCAUUCAUUUGACUAUGUCUAUAAUUACCUGAUGGGAACAAAUAUUAGUUUCGUUGACUGCUUCCAGGAUCCUGGUCCACAUGGAAAUGGAAGGUAUUCUCUCGAGAUGCUUCCUGAAAUAGAGGAGAGGGAUUUCAGAAAGGGUGCCCAGUGGUUUGCAAUUACACGGAGACAUGCUUUAUUGAUUCUGGCGGACAACCUUUACUACAAGAAAUUCAAGCUAUAUUGCAAGCCAGCAGAUGGACGCAACUGUAUUGCUGAUGAGCAUUAUUUGCCAACACUAUUCAAUAUGGUAGAUCCUGGUGGGAUAGCUAAUUGGUCGGUUACACAUGUUGAUUGGUCCGAGGGGAAAUGGCAUCCAAGGUCAUAUAGAGCUGAGGACGUCACCUAUGAUCUCUUAAAGAAUAUAACAGCUGUUGAUGAGAACUUUCAUGUAACAAGUGAUGAUCAGAAACUUGUGACACAGAAGCCAUGUUUGUGGAACGGAUCAAAGAGUCCAUGCUACCUUUUUGCUAGAAAAUUUUAUCCCGAAACUGUUGACAAUUUACUGAAGAUAUUCACCAGUUACACAUCUGUUUGAGUUCAACCUGAUUCUUUGCCCUCAACACAUGGUUCAACUACAUGAGCAUUCUUUUCUCUUUGUGUAAAAAUUGUGAAGUGAAUCAAUACUUAGCUUCGUAACACGGACCUGGGCCUCGGGGGACAUGUUGCUGCUGCAGCGAUUGCGACGACCUGUAGUUCAGUCCGUGGGUAGGGCUGCGGCGACAUUUAUAGCAAUGACACUGCCCUUGAUGUAAUCUAUUGUGCCUUCUGUAUGUUUUUCUUUAGUUCUCCCCUCACUACUUAGCAUCAUUAGUUCCUUGCUCUUGGAGAACAGAUUUUUGUCAAUAUGCCGAGUUGUUAUUAUAUGAUCAAUUCUUUUGUACACACAGAGAUACAGUAACCGAGAAGUACCCCACAUAUCUUUAUAAUCUUCUCAUUCUUGUUGGAUA